AUGGAGACCAGCUCCACUGGGACUACCAUCUCCACUGCAGGAAAAACCGCUGGGCAUUCUGACGUGCCCACCGGAGCUUUUACAGAGAUCACCAGGACAGAAGCUAUUUCCUCUGGGGGAAAUCCCACCUCUGGCCUUGCUCAAUCUACAGAGUCUCCAGAUACCCACAGUGGAAAAAUGACAAGGUUCCCUAUCUCUCCUGUUGUAACAGAACAGGCACAGCUGACGACCACCACUCAAAUUACUCACCUCGGGACUGCAGCACCAAGCACUCUCGCUGCAGGAAAGCAAACCCCAGCGUGGCUGGUGGGGACUCAGAGUGGCCUAGAGGUGACCGAUCUCCUGAGCAUGGGCCCUGAGAAUGUGCUGAGGGCAACCACGGCCUCUGUAGAUGAAGCAACCUCUGCCUUUACCAUGCAGUCUCUCCCUGCCAUGGCCUCACCUCCUGUUCCCUCCACCUUACCCGAGGGCAGCCCCUCCUCUCCUCUCAUCGCUUCUUCCCAGCUCACCUCCACUCUGAGGAAGACCACAGAAGUCUUGAAGACAAGCCAGUCCCCGGAAUCCAGUCCAUCUCUAAAUCUGAGCAGUGCCGCUGUUAGUGCACUGGCCUUCUCUGAAGUCACCCCAGAGUCAGAGAACGUUCCCCCUUCCUCAGAGGCAGCAGCGAGCACGGUGGAGCCCACCAGUCCUACACAAGGACCCCUUUCCUCUGCCCCAGCAGACCCAGAGUCAUCCACAGCCACGUCUCCACAGGUAGCCUCUACCUUGGGGGAUACAAGUAUUUCCUUAUCAACCCAUGCCUUUUUGAACACUACAAGGAUGCACAGAGGGCCAACCUCCUCUCUGCCCACUGAACGGAGAGCCACCAGCACCCCUGAAGGGACCAGCUCAACAGCAGAGACCAGCACUGGCCUUUAUGGAUGGUCCACAAGCAGGGCAUGGCAUGGCGCCAACACAGAGGACCCUCAGUGGGGACACAUCAACCACAGCCACAGCCACGUGGGCGGGGACUCAGAGUCUUCCUCACUUGGAGGCGACUGCUCUUAG